AUGGCUCCGCAUUACCAGGCCACCACCCUGAUUGCCUCCCCGUCCUACCCAGACGCCAUCACCUGGUCAAGCGACAACUUGGUGGCUGUUGCCUCUGGCCACAUCGUCACUAUCCUGAACCCGGCAGCACUUGACGGGCCUCGCGGACUCGUUGUGCUUCGCCCUAGGGAUCCUUUUCCCAUCGGAGUGGUUAACAGGGAAGAUCUCUUUGAACCAAGUUUAGUGCCAACAUCCUUAGCGCGUGAUACUGAACCAUGUGCACGGUCUGUUUCAUGGUCUCAACAAGGAUUUGCUCCUAAUUCUGGUUGUUUGUUGGCUGUCUGUACUGUUGAUGGUCACGUGAAUCUUUACCGUCCGCCAGUUUCUGAAUUUUGUGAUGACUGGGUUAAGGUUGCGGAUAUAUCUCAAUUGUUGUUUAACUAUUACCAAAAUAUUAACUUCGGAGAGGAUGAUGGUCCAGAUUCAUUUCCUCAGGAAAAAGCAAAUAUUGACCACGCUCCUCAGGAAAAGUUAAAUAACAAGCACACACUGGACACAGGAUACGCCGAUGAAUUGCAAGAACCUCUUUCUCGCAGGGGUCCUGGACGGAGAAAAAGGAAGCCAGUAAGAGUUGAAGGCUAUGUUUAUGAUGAUGAUGAUGAUGGAGAUGAUACUUCAAAGGAUGCAGACUUCUCUCUGAAUCCAUGCCCUACAUUAACGAAGAUACCUAUGAAAAAGAUUGACAGGCCUGUGCAUCAAAUGGCUGUCGUAAUUGCGCAAGCUGGCUCACAAAAUACCAAAGAAGCAUUCUCUUGCAAUGGAGAAAACAAAAUUCUUCCUCUGAUCACAGCAAAACAAUAUUCACGUCGCAAUGCACUUUUGUCUUCUCUCGUAGUUGCAUGGUCACCAGUUUUGCCAUCACACAACGCUAUUUCUCAUUGGUGCACUCUUGCUGUUGGCUCAAAGUCUGGGGAUGUUUCAUUUUGGAAAAUAAAUAAGCCCGAGCACUACACGAUAGAUGUUUGCACUGUUACCAAAGAUCCAAUAUUCGUUGGGGUUCUUCAAGCUCAUAAUUCAUCGGUUUGUGCCAUGAGCUGGGAAGUUUCAUGUUCAAGAUCUUCAAAGUCUUCAUUGCUUUUAGUAACUGGAUGCUCGGAUGGAAGUGUGAAGAUAUGGUCAGGUGACAUCGAAGGAUUGAAUCAAUGUACAGAUGCGAAAGAAGUGUCAUUUUCGUUAGUUGCAGAGGUGACCACUAAUUCAUCAGCUCCUGUCUCAUCAAUUUCAUUGUCCACACCAGCUCAGCCUCGACGCGAGGUUAAUUUGGCAGUUGGAAGAGUAUCUGGAUCACUGGAAACAUGGAUAUUGGACCUGUGCAGCAACAAAGUUGAGAAUAGCAGUGAAUGUCAUGCACAUGAUCGAGUGGUGACAGGUUUAUCGUGGGGUUUAGAUGGCCACUGUUUAUACAGCUGCAGUCAGGAUAAUUCUGCACGCUGUUGGAUCUUUGGAAAAAAUCAACUUGAAGAAGUUCCCGUGCACACAAAUUUCCCAGAGCUAAAAGAAUCAAUAGACCUCUCAGUAGUAUCUCAUCAAUGCUUUGGUCUUACACUUGCACCUGGAGAAGUAAUGAUUGCUGUGGUCCGCAGCUUGGAUCCAAAUAUGCUAGAUCAGAUGUAUCAAGCCAGGACACAAAAGGCAGUGGUUGAGUUCAUUUGGAUUGGUGGUCAGUUCCUUGGCAUUCCACUAAACAAGGACAUUUAUAUCUCCAACAAACAAUCUGCAAAGUCAUCCGAGACUAACUUCUUAUGGUGGGGUUCCAACAUUCUUUGGUCAUUGAAGAAUUAUGAAAAAUGUGAAACUGGACUUGUCUUAUGGGACGUCAUAGCUGCUUUACAAGUGCUCAUGAAAUCCGCACCAGCAUUUCUGGAGACACUAAUGCAUAAAUGGGUCUCAGAUUUGUUUUCAGAUGAUCAACAACGUGUUUCUAUCGAUAACCUGUGUCAGUGUAGAAAGGACAUGAUGUCCAAUGUCAGCUCGCGGAAGCUACACCUGCUGAAUAUCAUUUGUAGGAAAGUAAUGCUUCGUGAUCCUGCUGGAGAAAAUGGUAAUAGGACGUCAACUGAUUUGUGGAGCAGUCUUCUGUUGAGCAGCGAAAGAGAGCUACGAGAGAGACUUGUGGCUUUCACUUUUGCUGCUGUCUUGAAUCGAAAGUCAUAUUUUCUCAAGGGCACAUGUGCUGAAAACAUGUGGUUCCCUGUUGGCGUUGCCCAGAUGCGUUCUUGGGUGUCUAUGAACAGUGGAGGAGUGCAUAAUCAGCUCAGGUCUCUCAGUUCGACAAUUAAACGUCUUGGUAGCAGGAUCAACUCUGUGUGUGAAUACUCAGCUAAAGAAACAUGUGCCUAUUGCUCCGCACCGGUUCACUUCGAGUCACCUGACAUAGCCUUGUGUGGAAGUGUCGAUCCUGCUAUUGUUCCCACCGAAAGGCACAAGCUGUCAAGAUGUGCAGCAUCGAUGCGCUUAUGUUCUGUUCUGGAACCAACCUGGUACUGUGUAUGUUGUGGAGGAAUGGUUGAUAAGCUUGUGCCCGAGACCUAUUUCACCAUGAAGACAUCUCCCUUGUUGGAUGCUGCCGAUCCAGAUGAUGAAUCGUCACUUUAUUCAGCACCUGCUGUUCCUCGUUGCCCCUUCUGCGGCAUACUGCUGCAGAGGUUGAUGCCAGAGUUCCUGCUCUCCGUCUCCCCGGUAUAA